AUGGUCCUAGCACUGUUGGGGAGUUGCUGCCUCACAGCUGCUUGCUGUGAGGAUCUCUCCACUAUUCUCAGCACCAGCCAGAGCCUGACAGAGCUGGAACUGGCGGAUAACAAACUGGGGGAUUCAGGCGUGCGGCUGCUGUGUGAGGGACUGAAACACCCAGACUGCAAACUGCAGAAACUAGUCACCAGCCAGACCCUGACAGAGCUCGGCGUAAGGUGGAACAACCUAGGAGAUUCAGGAGUGCAGCUGCUGUGUGAAGGAUUAAAACAUCCAAACUGCAAAUUACAGAUACUACAACUGAGUGGUUGCCAUUUCACAGCUGCUUGUUGUGGGGAUCUCGCCUCUGUGCUCAGCACCAACCAGACACUGACAGAGCUGAUCCUGGGAGAGAAAACAAUGGACAACUCAGGUGUGAAACAGUUGUGUGAAGGACUGAAACACCCAAACUGCAAACUGCAGAAACUGGGCUUGAGCAGUGUCAAUAUAAAUGAAGAGACACAGAGAGAGCUAGAUGCUGUGAAAAUGAGGAAACCUGAUAUGGUCAUACAUGUAUGGAAGAAUUGGUGAGCAGGAGCCAUUGCACCG